AUGGCAUCCACCGAUAAACUAGUGACAAUGUCGGAUAUUGCUGAGUUAGCUAAAGACAAGGACAAAUGCAUCAUUAUUGUGGAUGAUAAAGUAUACGAUGUCACUAAAUUUCUUGACGAACAUCCGGGUGGCGAAGAAGUAUUGAAAGAACAACAUGGCCAAGAUGCAACAACAGCUUUUGAAGAUGUUGGACAUUCGAUUGAUGCUCGACAACAAAUGAUACAAUUUCAAAUUGGACAGUUACAACGAGUACGAGCACCAGUUAAUACGACAACAACUCCAGCAGUCGCAGCAACUUCAUGGACAAAAUUGAUUAUUCCGAUCGUGAUAGCCGUGUCAGCCGUUGUUAUUUAUAAACUAAUAGCUGGACAAAUGGGAGCCUCUUCUACAUCCUAA